AUGAUUGUAAAUCAAUACGAUGCUGAACAGACUUUGAACAUAGAAAAAUCUCCAGACACUAUUUUUAUAUCUAAUAAUGAUGAAGUUGGUGAAAUACAGCAAUAUGUUGAAGAGAAUUCUUGGCCCCUGAAUGAAGUACAUAAUCGAAGUGUAGAGCAGGUAAUAAAUAUGGAAAGUGUACAGACGAUAAGGUUCGUAGCCAGCCAGCAUGAGCCAGCAAAUGAAGCUUCUAAUCUAAGUAUGGCUUACACUACUGAGAAAGGAAAAUUAGUUAAUGCUAAACAAUUAAAACCUGGUUGUGGAGACAAAUGUCGGUUGAAGUGUACACUGAAGAUUAAUGAGCAGCAAAGAUUAGUAAUAUUCAAUAAUUUUUGGAUAUUAGGUGAUUUGAAUGGACAGCGAGAUUUUGUCAAAAAUGCUAUGAAAGAAGUAAAGCUGAAAUAUUCGCUACAUAAUGCUCAGAGUAAAUUAAAGAUCUAUUAA